AUGGACAGAAACACCGCGCGUCGCACGCCGCACGGCGAUGGGCCUCCGCAUCGCCCGAAAGCGUCGCCAACAACCUUCACAAUACCGUCGCCGCUCUGCCUCUGCAUUUGCGCAUGUUCCGCCGUGCAACUCGCGAGCGCGGUGGCGGGCGAGGCGGGCGCAAUGGAGCACGGCAUGUCGCUGUUCCGCGCGUGGACCGCCGCGUACGGCCUCGCGGACGACCCGCGCUCUGCGCUCCCCCCCUCCCCGCUCGCACUCCCCGCGAACGUUCCGCCAGCCCCGCACCUGGAGGACUGCGCGCAGGCGUCGUUCUACCGCUUCAUCGCGGAGGACCGGAGCGGAGGGGGAGGCGGAGGAGAAGGGGAGGGGGGUUUGCCGAAAUGGGCGGUGCAGCCCUCUUGCUGCCACUGCUCGCCACAGACACCCUGGUUUCCCCAUCCCAGGCUCUACUCACAGCGACACAGCCCUCCUGCCACAGCGCUGCUUGAUCCGAGCCGUGCCGCUCUGCACCGCGCUACACCGCACCUGUCAGCUCAUGCCUUUCCCUCCCAUCCCCCAUUCUCUGCGCUCCACUGUCUCCUCCAUCCUCCUUUCUUCCUCCCUUCGACUGCACUUCCCUCCGAUCCUCUCUCCGCCCCGUCUCUCCUCUGUGCUUUCCGCCCCACUCUCCUCGUGCCGUUCCUCCUCUGCUCGGAGCGCACCACCCCUCCCAUUGCCCUCAUGCCCCAUCCCGACCACACAGCACCACCCUCAUCACCUUCUGCCUGCCCCACCCUGCUGCCCCACCCUGCUGCCCCACCCUGCUGCCCCACCCUGCUGCCCCUCCCUGCCGUCCCUCCCUGCCGUCCCUCCCUGCGCGUCCCUCCCUGCGCGCCCCUCCCUGCGCGCCCCUGCCCCCUGGUGGCUGCAUGGUAUGUGCCCUCACCCCAUGGCAUGUGCCCUCACCCCAUGGCAUGUGCCCUCACCCCAUGGCAUGUGCCCUCACCCCAUGGCAUGUGCCCUCACCCCAUGGCAUGGCAGGUGCGCGGCUCAGAUGCUGACAGCCUGGCGCACACGAGGGAGGCACAAAGGGACAUCUGGACCAAUCAGAUGCCGCCACGUGCCUCUCCACCUGCCCUCAGGUGCCUCUCCACCUGCCCUCAGCUGCUCCUCUGUUGUGUUGACGUGUGUCUCAGCGCCACUCCAACUGCACGGAAUGGCAGCGCUGCUCGCCCUAGCCAUGCUGCACAACAGAACCCUCGUGCCGCUUCCAGGAACCUUCCAGCCAGCCAACAGCCAGGUGUGCAGAGGUGCGUGUUUGGCGGCGGGGCAGCGUUGACAGCACAGGCAGCACGUGCUGGUGGCCGCCAUGCAUGCGUCCAGUUCCAGGCAAUGGGCGGCAUGGGCAGCAAUGGCAGCGUGGGCGACUGGGGCUGCUUCUUCUUCCCCAUCGCCUCCCCUCACUGCUCUGCUGACAUCAGCGCUGCUAUGGCAACCAGUCGCAUGCCGCCAUGCCACCGCGACACCUCUCAGUUCGAGCAGCUGGCCACGUCAGCAGAUAGGGUGGUGUGUUUGGAUGCGUCUGACGUGGACCAAUCCAGCAGUGCUGCUCUCUCAUCGGUGGAGGCCCGAGUAACCAAAAUCUGGGGAGGGCGGCAUGUGGAGCAGCAGGCACAGAGGGAGUAUCUGGGGGAGGUGCCACCCACAGAUGAGUUCACACAACAGGUGCACUGGUGGCGGGCGCAGGCGGUGCGCUUCAUGCUGAGGUGGCCAUCAGCCCAUCUCUGCCACGUCAUCAACCAACAGAGGCACACCGCCUACGGCAUCCACGUGGCCAAUCACAUCUCUUCCCUCCCAGCCAUCUACGCCUCCAUCCUCCAAUCAGUAGCUGCCACCUCAGCAGGCCCAGCCGCCGCCCAGAACCUCUCCUUGUCAGCUGAAGCAUCAGAUCUUGCAACGCUAGAUCUGAUUCCGGGAUCAAAUCCCGACUCACAGCCAAGGGCGAGCAGCAUGGGGGCAGGACUGGAGGCGCGAGUGUGGGGAGCGAGGGGGUUCGACAGGUGCAGUGAGCUGUGCGGAGGGGUGGGGAUGGGCGAGUAUGGUCGAGUAGGAGGGGAACCCCUAUUUGUAGUGCGGCCCAUGGUGGGUGUGGUGAUGGGGGGGAGUGGGGGCAUGGGGGCUGGUGGUGGUGGAGGAGGGGAGGAAGGGAGAGGAGGAAGAAGCGUGGUGACGUCAUCAGGGAUGGGGGUGGGAGUGCAUGUGAUGGCAGCGAGUGUGCUGCGGCUGAGCGAUGUGGACGUGAGGCACAUGUGGGUCAGCUGGCAUGCUCAGCAGCAAGCACCACCUGCCCCUGCUGCCAACACUGCAGCACUGUCCCCUUCCCCUGCUGCUGAGAGCGCUGCAGCUGCAAUAGGGCCGGCUGCCCUUGCGGCCGGUGCAGGCAGCACAGUGGGUGGUGGUGAGAGUGGUGGGAGCGAGGGUGCUGGAGGAGGGAGUAUGGUCGGGGCAGUGGAGGCGGGGGGAGAUGGGUGGGGGGAAGGGGAGCGGAUGGCACGGCUGGUGGUGGUGGUGCAGUGCGAUGCGUUCGUGGGCAUGCAUGGGGAUGAGUGGGCUGAGCUUUUGGAUGAGAUGAGGUGCACUGGGGGUAGAAGACAGUCGCGGUUCGUGUUCAUUAAUGUUCCAUGA